AUGGGAUACUUUGUUCCUGAUUCACACAUUGAAAAUCUAAAGUCAUAUAAAUACCAAAGUGAAGAUCGCUCGCUGGUGUCAAAGUAUUUUUUGAAGCCGUUUUGGCAAAGAUUUUGUACCAUUUUUCCCACGUGGAUGGCGCCUAAUAUCAUUACAUUAUCAGGAUUUGCAUUUAUUGUUACAAAUGUGCUAACCGUGUUCUUUUACGACCCAAAUCUUAACACUGAUACGCCACACUGGACAUAUUUUUCUUACGCUUUAGGUGUGUUUCUAUAUCAAACUUUUGAUGGAUGUGAUGGUGUGCAUGCCCGUCGUAUUAAUCAGUCAGGACCAUUGGGAGAGCUUUUCGACCAUAGCAUUGAUGCUAUCAACUCUACUCUUUCCAUUUUUAUUUUUGCUUCUGAGACUGGGAUGGGAUUCUCAUAUAGUCUAAUGUUGUCCCAGUUUGCAAUGCUGACGAAUUUUUACUUGAGUACUUGGGAAGAAUAUCAUACACACACAUUAUAUUUAAGUGAGUUCUCUGGACCCGUCGAAGGAAUUUUGAUUGUCUGUGUUACGCUAAUAUUGACGGGUAUAUAUGGAAAACAAGUAAUCUGGCAUACCUAUUUGUUUACCAUUAGAAUUGGUGAUAAAGUAAUUGAUGUGGACACUUUGGAUGUUGUGUUCUCCUUAGCUGUCUUUGGUUUAGUUAUGAAUGCAUUAUCUGCGAAAAGGAAUGUGGAUAAGUAUUACAGAAAUAGCACCUCUUCGGCCAAUAAUAUUGCUCAAAUUGAACAAAAUAGCGCUAUAAAAGGUCUUUUGCCGUUCUUUGCGUAUUACGCAAGUAUCGCUUUACUGGUGUGGAUGCAACCGAGUUUUAUUUCUCUUGCUUUUAUCCUUUCCAUCGGCUUCACAGGAGCAUUUACGGUCGGAAGAAUAAUUGUUUGCCAUCUGACUAAGCAGAGUUUUCCUAUGUUCAAUGCACCUAUGUUGAUUCCUUUGUGCCAGAUGGUUUUGUACAAGAUAUGUCAAAAUGUUUGGAGAAUUGAACCUGAUAAAAUUGUGUUUGCUCUGUCUUGGCUCGGCUUUGGCCUCUCCCUUGGCGUUCAUAUCAUGUUCAUGAAUGACAUUAUUCAUGAAUUUACUAAGUUUCUAGAUGUUUACGCUUUAUCCAUUAAACGCUCCAAGUUAACUUAA